AUGAUGGCGCUGGACGAUGGCAACUCGUAUGUGUCAAGCCACGGCUCGAUGCACCAGUUUGACGAGAGCUUCAAGCGUCUCGUGCACCGCACGAUGAAGGGCAGCUUGCCGCUGAGCCAGCCGAUCGCGAUCGACUUUGGCCGGCGCCAUAGCUUGCAGCUCAAUGACAUUUACGCCCGCGAAGCCGCGUUGUUCGAGGCCGAGUGCUACAACCCUCUCGACAAGAACUAUGACGACGACGACGACGAGGAAGUGUUUCAUUUAGAGCUCUAG